CCUCUGUCGCUUAAGAAACCUAACCUUCUUCCUCUACAAAACGGCGUCUCUUCAUCCAUCCCAAUUCCCAACUAGGCAGGCGUGUAUAACUUUGAGUGGAGAUUUUACAAGCACCGCCGCUGUUACCCGAACUAAUCUAGCAUUUGGAAAUACAAAGCCAUGAAGAUGAUAGAGAAGAAGAGAAAAUCGAGAGACGGUAAGAAACAUGAUAGACCACAAAAAUUUACCAAAAAGUCCAAAUUCAGCAAAAAAUACGGCAAGAGUGAGGACGAGAAAAGGCGAACCGGUCCACGCUUACCUCAAUCUCUUAGGAAAGAGCUCGAUCGAAUCAACCCUAAUGACCAGUCCUGCAGUGAAGAAGAUGAAGGUAUUAACGGCGACGUUUAUGAAUACGAGGAAGAAGUGCCUGAAGAGGAAUCAAAGAAGAACCGCCGCUUCGAUUCCGUUGAGAAUUACGAGUAUAAGUUACCUGAGGAUUUUAAGGAUGAGAAUGUUGAAUCGGAUGACGACGAUUAUGACUUUGAUGGUGGCGAAAAAAAGAUUGCUGACCAUAAGGGUAAAAAGGGAGACCUAGAUCAACUUGGUGAUGAUGUUGAAGAUGAAGAUGAUGAACGGCAUCUGAGGAUGUUGCAAGGAAUCACUGGAAUGCCAAGUCAGGCCUUUCAAGGCCGGAAGAAAAACAAAGUUGUUGUAUCCGAGGGAUAUCCAGAGUCUGAAUAUAAUCCUACUCGUGAUGUUCUGGAUGGUGAUGGCCGCAUUGCUAUUGAAGACCUUCUUGAAAGCAUUCAAGGAAAACCUGGUUAUAGAGAGCUUCGAAAUAUAACUCGUCAUGUGGAGAAAAAAGGAAAGCUUCUUCAAGCUCCACUUCCCAAGGAGGAUCGAGACAGGUUAGAAAGGAACGCUGCUUAUGAACAAUCAAAGAAAGAUAUUACAAGAUGGGAGCCUUUGGUCAAGAGGAAUAGGGAGGCACCUACCAUUAUUUUUGAUAAAGAUACAGAUUCAGGGUUUUCAACUGUAGGGGCAAUAGCGUCCGAAUUUGAGCCUAGAACUGAGUUUGAGAAGAAAAUGUCUUCAUUAGUUAAUGAUGACAAGGUUAUGGCAGCUCAUAAAGAAGAUGGCUCAAGGCUUCUUGAAUUAAAUAAGAUAUCCCUUGAAGAUUACGUAAACAGUCGAAAUCAUAUUGCAAAAAUGCGGAGCCUUCUUUUCCGCCAUGAGGUGAAGAUGAAACGCGUCAAGAAGAUAAAAUCAAAAACAUACCAUCGGUUGUUGAAGAAAGAAAGAUUGAAAGGAUCUGUAGGAAUGCCGAUGGAUGCAGAAGAAGCCAAAGAACUGGCAAUGAAGCAAGAGUUCAAACGUGCAGAGGAACGCAUGACCUUAAGGCACAAAAACCAAUCGAAAUGGGCACAACGUAUUGUUAAGCGUGGUUUGGAUGCCCAAGAUGAAGGUACUCGAGCUGCUAUGGCUGAACAACUCCAUCAGCAUGCUCUUUUGACUAGGAAAAUGAACUCUAUGAAUGACAGUAGCAGCAGUGAUGACAGCAGCGAUGAAGAAGAUAGCGAAAAUGCAGGUGGUUCAGAAGAGGACAAGGCACCUAAGUUGCUAGCACAAGCAAGAGAGAAGACAAGACGAGUAUUAGAAGAAGAUGAUGAAGUGCCUGAUUCGGGAGUCCUGUCUUUACCUUUCAUGAAAAGGGCAUUGAAGAAAAAGAAGGAAGCAGCUGAUGAAGAAGGUAGGCUUGCUAUUCAAGAGUUUGAAUCGUCAUUGAUGCAGCUGGAGGAUGCAGAUGGGGCAGAAAUUACAAAAACAGGCAGUGUGAGUGGUCGAAGGGUGUUUGGUGCAUCUAAAAUGCAGGUUAUAGAACCUAAAAAUAAGAUCAGAUCAAGCAGUUAUUCCAGUGAUAGUGAAGCUGAGUUGGAAGCUGAAGAAGACAUUGAUGUUGGUUUAGGCAGAACAGAUGAUGUGCAAAAUAAUAUCGAUGUCAAUUCUGUUUUGCUUGAUGUAGAUGCCAACACUCCUCGGGAUUCUGUUUUGAAGAUUUCUGAACUUGUUAAAGACCUAGGUCCCAAGACGACAUAUGAAGUUUCUAUGCUUCAUUCAGACACAUGGAAAAAGAUGAGCAGCAGUCGAAAUGAAGUUGACACCAAUGGCAAAAGGUCUCGGAAAGUUGUUGAACCUGUUACCCAUAAUCGAGAUAUAGAAUUAGAGGAAGUAGGGGAGGAUAGUGAUGCGGAUAGUGAAGGACAGAUGCUGGAUGGGAUUUUGUCUUCAGAGCACAAAUCAUCUUACAAGCUUCCUUCCCAAGCAGAGCUUAUACGUGAAGCUUUUGCAGGGGAUGAUGUGCAAGAAGAAUUUAGCAAAGAUAAAGAGGAAAUUAUGAACGAGGAAAAUCCUGAACCUGAAAAACCUGUUCAACUUCCUGGCUGGGGCCAAUGGACUCGGGUACAGAAAAAGAAAGGUUUGCCUUCAUGGGUUUUGGAAGAGCAUGAAAAUGCAAAGAGAAAAAGGGAUGAGGCUCUGAGGAAAAGGAAGGAUGCACAUCUUAAACAUGUUAUCAUCUCAGAGAAGUUGGAUAAAAAGGCAGAAAAAUUGCUUACAGGAACACUGCCUUACCCCUUCACAUCGAAGGAAGUUUUUGAGCAGAGCAUCCGCAUGCCUAUAGGGCCUGAAUUCAAUCCUGCAACAGCUGUCAGAGCUCUUAAUCGGCCUGAAGUGGUGAAAAAACAAGGGCUGAUUAUUAAACCAAUCAGAUAUGAAGAUGUGGAUUCCCAUGAAAGAGGGGAGGAGCAUAGAGAAAGUGGACAGAAGCAAAGGAUAAAUCGGAGCCAAGGCAGAGUAAAGGCAGUAGUGGCAAAGUCAUGAUGAGGGGAAGAAGACUGACCGCAUUUUCAGCUCACGAUGUUUUCUAUAGGCUAAGAUUAUUGCGGUUCCUCUGUCCUGGAUUUUGUGUAGAGUUCCUGUAUUUGCCAAUUUUUGGGAUGCAUGAAGUUUCGAUAUUUUUGAAUUUGAGGCAGCUCGAGGUGGCUCUUUUUUGGGGCAUUAAAUUAAGAGAUCAGGCCAAGUCAAGUUUUACUUGGUAAUGUUUGUGA